AUGCGAUACAACGCCCGAACCGCAGAAAAUCAAGGACAGAAGAACCUUGAAAAGACUAUUUCUGAACAUUCGACGAAUUUUGCUCGCUAUGAUGAUUCAAAAUCCAACCUAUCGGUUCAAUUUCAAUUACUACAACCAAACGGACAUUGUUACGAACAAUUAUUGCACGCCGUAUUUUCGACGAUACAUGAAAGUGCACUAGCUAAACUAUCAAUGCUCGAUUUUUGGCUGCAACUGUACGCCAAUAAUAACACGUUAGCAGACAUUCGAAAUUUUGCAGAAAACUAUCGAGCUAAGGAUUCUGUUUAUUGGUACACAAAAGAAUCUUUUGUUUAUCGAUGUGUGAACGAAACUUUACGCUCCGGAGAUAUUGACAGAUGUUAUUCACUACGUUUUUACAUUGCCAAUUUGAGUGCACAGCUUCAUGCAUUAAAAUAUCAACAACAGAAAACAAUGGAGAAGGCAGGAAUGACUAUCCUGUAUCGAGGUAUUCGACAAUCUGAUGAAGAAUUGGAUAUAUUACAGAGUCUCGUUGGCACUGUUGUUGCCGUUAAAUCUUUCAUGUCAACGAGUAGAAAUAAGAAUAUCGCAUUAGCAUAUGCAUCGCCAUCCGAUUGGCAAGCAGAAGAUUCACGACCAUUAUUACUGGAAAUUCAUGUAGAUUUGAAUUCACCUUCAAUCAUCGCUGCUGACAUUACUCGUGUGAGUAACUUUGAUGAAGAGGAGGAGGUUUUAUUUAAUAUUGGCAAUACAUUUCGAGUUGAAAUGUUAACAUUCGAUACAUCAGAUAAUGUCUGGUUGUGCCAUCUCAAAGCCACAAAUGAAAAUCUUGCCCGUAUGCAAGAAUUUCAAACAAUACCAUUCAAUGCAUGUAUAUGUCAAUUAAUAUUGUAUGAAAGCGACAUAGUCUGUUCAAAUGAAACGAUACGACAUGAACAGAGCGACACUACUAGUAGUAACUUCAAGUCUCUGUUAAACGAUCGACGAAAACUAUCAUGGUUAGCCUACAGACCGAUCGAAUUGGCGUAUAUUCGACAUAUUGAUUGCAUUAUCCAAUGGCAACAGGCUGAUAUUAAUAAACUUCUUAAUACAUAUGAACAUGUUUUAAAAAUAUAUGCGCAGGUCGACAUACAAGAUUCAUUUGAUGAUUUACAAAUUGCCUCUUGUAUGAAUAAUGUUGGCUAUAUUAAUCUAUUAUGUGGUAAGCAUACUGAACUCAUUAACUUGUUCAAGACUUCACUAAGCAUACGACAAAGACUACUACCAGUCGAUCAUAUACUUCUGGCUCAAAGCUAUCGCAACUUAGGACUUGUAUAUGCAAAUUUAUGCGAUUAUCAUACUGCAUUUGAACUUCAUGAACGUGCCCUAACUAUCAACCAGCAUACAUCUAUUGCAGCGCAAUGGAGUACAGUUACAACACUGCGCAAUAUGGGAGACCUUUGUCAUCGUUCAGGCAAUUACACUAGAGCUAUAGAGUACUACUCGCAAGCUAUUGAUACAUAUUACAAAUGCCUGAACUUUUUUUAAUUUAAAAAGAUCAUAAAAUCUACUCGCGUUUAGGUGGGAUCUACCUAUUGUCCAUUUCUGAAAUAAGAUGAGUGAACAAAACGCUUAUAACUCCAGAACGAAAAGACCUAGACCUGCGGUUUUCACCGUUGAAACGAGCAGCUCACGGCAUGUUUAUCUAUGUAGAAAGUAAAUUUUUCGAAGAGGUUUUCCCGGCAGACCUCGUCCGGUAAAACCCGUAGUACCUCAAAAUUUGUCGAUAAAACAAAUUUUUUUUUCGAUCAGUCUAGCGGUAAAACGCGUCCUAUUCCUAAAUCUGAAAGAAUGAGGUCGAUAUAUCUUAAGGGGUCGGGGAUACACCCAGUUUCCAGAAAUUCUAAGAAAAUAACCAAAACGUUUCGUAAUAAGGCAUGAUUGUGGUCCAGAAAUUUCUGAUUAAAAUGAGACGUUUCCCAGCUCUACAUGACCUUUCUCUGUAAUGUUAUCGAAUUUACAAGAAAAGCCCUAAAUUGAUUUCGCCUUAUUUGUGUGGCUUUGAGCUGACAAUGAACAUUUAAGAAUCAAUUUAGGGCUUUUCUUCUAAAUUCUAUAACUUUGCAGAGAAAGGUCAUGUAGAGCUGGGAAACGUCUCAUUUUAAUCAGAAAUUUCUGGACCACAAUCAUGCC